GAUCUGGCAUAGCUUCGCCAAACCUCUUGCGGGUAGGCAACGAGUGCGUCAAGCGGGCUAGUACAGACGUCGUACUGUAGUUACUUUACAUUCAGUGACAGUGAAAUUGACUUAUUUGUGAUUGCUCGUGCUAAGAUGGUUACUACCACGGGAUCAACUACUACGACCAUGAUCCAAGCCAACAGUAUAUCUCCAACCCCAAAUCCGGUGCAAGCGAGUGCAGUCGACACUGCUUCAUCCACGAGAAGAGUUAGUGAUAAUAGAAGGAGCAAUAAGCCUAUUAUGGAAAAGAGGCGUAGGGCUAGAAUCAACAAUUGCUUGAAUGAAUUGAAAACUCUAAUCCUAGACGCGAUGAAAAAAGACCCGGCCAGGCAUUCUAAGCUGGAGAAAGCUGACAUCCUAGAAAUGACCGUCAAACACCUACAAAACCUUCAACGGCAACAAGUGGCUAUGUCAGCAGCCGCAGAUCCGAACGUGAUCAACAAAUUCCGAGCCGGUUUCAGCGAGUGCGCCACCGAAGUUGGUAGAUUUCCCGGCUUGGACCCCAUCGUCAAACGGCGCCUUCUUCAACACCUAGCCAACUGCCUCAACCAAGGUUCGAAACCGCAGGAAGUUCCUCAAGUCCAAGUCCACAUUUUGCCCAACACUCAGAAAUCCGUCGAACAACAAGUACCCCAGAGCAGUGGCAUCAUUUUAAGCAAUGGAAAUGGCACAGGGGUCCAGUUGGUACCGACGAGACUGCCAAACGGCGACAUCGCUCUGGUUUUACCCACUUCUGCAGCUCAGCAACAGCAGCCUGUUAACAUGAGUUCAGCGGUUCCAUUAUUAGUUCCUAUUGUCCCGGAAAGGACGGCGUCGACAGCUUCUGCGACGAGUUCUUCUUCCAACUACUCUCCAAGUCAUAGUCCCGAGCCUAUGGACACUAUGUAUAGCCAACCGAAACCUUUGUCGUUAGUCGUAAGGAAACCUGUUGAACCGAUGGAGGACAAGCCGUGGAGGCCUUGGUAAAAUAAUCUGGAGAUAGAUUUGUGAUCAGUUCGUAAUAAAAAUUGUGAUAUCUACUACUUAUAAAGUCUAGAAAUUAUAAGAAAUAUGUUCAGUAUUAGUUAAGCCUACUUUAUUAUUAAGAGUAUGUUUUACAAAAGCAUGUCAGCCAUAUCCUUACAGGCGCUUGGCGGAAAUCCAAGCAAUAGUUCUGUAUUAUUUAUUAGAGUUGAUUGUGAUUUGUAAAAUGUUGUAUAUAUGUUUUUAGAGUUGAUUAUUGUGUAUAUAGUAUGUUAUUUACGAUUAGUCUAAUGUGCCUUAUAAACAGCAAGAUCUUUGACGUCUUCCAAUAAUGUUGGUAUAUAUUAUAUAUAAUUUAUAUUAUGUUUAUAUUUAAAUGGUAUAUUGCGGUGCUCCCUACAUUCAAUAUAAACCUAAUAAAACAGAUUAUUAGUUU